CCGUCAGAAUCGUUACGUUCACUGUUCUACAGAGUCCCGACUUCCGGAAGUCAAGUCCAUGUGUGUGUCCAGCCCAAUAGAGAAGUACUUGUUUUGUCUGCAUGAAGAUGGUGCUUCGAACUGGCUGGAAGUGUGAACCACGCUGGUCGCAGGGUUCCCAAUAACAAAGCAGACGUGACAGUGACACGUUACAAACUGGAGGUUAAAAAAAUCAAUCCAUAAUCAAUAUCUAUGGAAACAGGUCAAAGUUGAUUGCGUAUCUGUGACCUCACGGGUGAGGAGACACGUUGUCCCAUUAUUCAUCUCUGCGUCAGGGGAGGCGGAUCUCCACACCGACUCCUCCGAACACACCGACUCCAGAGAGGAGGGGGGGGACGAGAGAAGGGGAGGGAGAGAGAGAGAGAGAGAGAGAGAGGCGCGGAGCAGAAAUGUCCGACUCCAGAGAGCUGCAUGCGGAGAACAGAGCGGAGGAGGGAGAUGAGGAGGAGGAAGAUGAGGAGGAGGUAGACGACCUGGUGGACUCCCGCCAGCUGGAGAGGUUCAUGAGAGACAGGAGGAGAGCCCGGUCUCUGCCCGCCUACCCGGAGCAGGAGGCGCUCCUGCAGGAGCUGUCCGCCGGCACCGGCAGGAAACGCGUCAAGUUCGCCGACUCCCUCGGUCUGAGCCUGGCCAGCGUCAAGCACUUCAGCACGCUGGACGAACCGAACAUCCCCAGCGGGGUCCUGCCCGGCCUCCGGAGCUUCCCGCAGCGCGACACCCUGGACGACCUCUGCACCGGCUUCAAGUCCGGUCUGGCCCUGGAGCGACUGGUUCCGACUUUCCUGGAUCCUGGUGGGCAGCAGGACUUCCGGCAGAGGGUGGAGACGCAACGGGUCUCCCUGGAGAGAGCCUUUGUCUCCCAGUUCGACGUCCGCGGGCAGAUUCGCGUGGACUCCGGCGGUGCUGAGAAGGAGGUCGGGGUGAGGUACACCUUCGACGACUGGCUCUCACACGCGGACGCGCAGGCGCUGCCCGUGCCGGCGGACAAAGCCCAGCCGGGCUGGUUCGGGGAGCGGUUCUCCUUCACCAUGCGCGCGCCGCCGGGUUCGGGCGCUGCCUCCGUACACUUCGCCGUGUACGCGCGGAGCGACGGCGCGGAGUUCUGGGACAACAACCGCGGACACAACUACACGCUGCGCCGCCGCCGCCGCCGCGCGUCCGACGCCACGGCCCACGUCAGCGCCGCCUACUGCGCCGACUAGGCCGGGGCCGUGCCGUGCCGUGCGCGUCGUGCGUAAAAACGCUGUCCGUGCGUAAAGACGCCGCGCGGGGCGCUACGAUGCAUCACGGCCGCUUCCAUUCCUCCGCUACACCUCCCAGACACCCACCCUUCCGCCGCUGUGCCACCCGGGGACGGCCAGGUCGCCCCCGGGUGGCACAGACCGGGGCAAUAAAGCAGGCAGGCAACGUGACGUAACACACCCUGGCAAACAGCCAGCUGAGUUUACCGUCCCGCCCACACACCCAUUUAGCCCCCACGCCGAACUGAGACGCACCAGCUGUGGCUUUUCCCCCUCCCUCCCCCCCACAAGACACAACAGACACACGAGACACAAACACAACCUCUCUCUUUCUCCGCGUGCUUUCGGCCUCCGACCGGAGCACGCGGAGGCGCGCGCUCUUUGGGAGGAGCAGUGGCGAGGAGAAGGAGGAGGGGACACACUAAACCGAGACAUACAGGACAGACAGCCCCGGGGUCUCUCUUUAGAUAUCCAGCCAGAUUCCAUGCUGAGCUCCUGCAGGCCAGAACGGAGGACUUCCGGGGCGGGACCGGAGGACUUCCGGGGCGGGACCGGAGGACUUCCGGCCACUCCCUGCAUCUGUUUUAAUGAAGACGUUUCCUGCUGAAGUUCGGUCUAGACGGCAGUCCGCUGACACCGAAGAGGUCGCUGAGGCCAUGACGACACGUGUCUCAAUAAACGUGGUGUCCACACGACCUGAUUCAACCUUCUUUGACCUCUUUGAUUUUCUUACCUGGAUUAUUGAACAGCAUGAGGACAAGUUUUGGUUCAGGUUCUACAUGCUCCAACAAUGAGAGACUGGACGAGGACGAGGACGAGCCCUGUUCCAGGCCCAGCAAGACAGAGCUUUACUGAUCUCCCCUUCAUCUUAAUGCAGCCUGGACACGUCCAGCAGGCCAUGGUUUGAAGGUGUGGGUGGGCUGGUGUGGGCUCGCUGUGAGUUGGGAUGACCCACACCUCCUUUCCAGUGCUGGAGUCCAGCACAGACUGGACAAUCAGCUGGAUCAUUUCUCUGUACUCGUUUAGAAUUGUUAGCGUCUGUUCUCUCGCCGAUGUCACAGCAAGUCUUGAGACUCACAGGAAAUCAGUCUGAAAGCUACAUUCCGUUUGUUGAACUGAAAAUGAAAAAAUAAGCAUAAAGAAAUCUAAAGAAUUUCAGAAAUCUUCCCCUUUCGAUGUGUCCUGUCAUUACUCUGGCAGAGGAGUGUUUCCUGAGCAGCCGAGGACUGGACUUCAGUUCUCAGACGAGAUCAGGGUUGAUGGUGGUGGUGGUUUUCUGAUAAAUCGAUCCGCUUGUCUAUCAUCCACCCAGAUGACUGACGUGGACCCAGUGACCUCUGUUCUGUUUCUGUCAAACCGCUUCUGAUGUCCCCACACCUGUUCUGCUGUUGCUAAUAAACACGAAGCAGCACAGGAUGUGAUGUCACACUUCCUGUAGCAGCACUCAUGCUGUAGACCAGUUCAGACCAGCUCACAUAUGAAUCUGUGACCAGACCCAAAGUAGCAAACCGUCCAUGUUACCAUGGGAGACACCAGAGGACACCGCCGUCGGCCUCGUUACCUGUCUGACAGAUAACACAAGUGGGUCUGACUGAGCCACUUGUGUAACGCUUCUCAUACACACAAUGUAGCACGAGGCGCUUCACACAGUAAAGCCCCAAGUGGAUGAAUCAGAAACAAAAGGUAGAAAACAAGCUAGAGAGUAAAAGGAUGAGGCCAGGGAGAAGAGCAGACUAACAUCAACUAACAAAUAAAUACAAUUUAAUCAA